AUGUAUGGGCAGACGGGAAGCGGCAAGACGCACACGAUGUUCGGAGACUUGAAUGGUGGCGCGUGGACAACCGGCUGCGGCUCAGGCCGGACCUCUGCAGCCGUCGCCUCCAACUCGCACAACAACGAGGAGGACGUAAAAGAGAAGCUGGUGGAGGACGACAGUCAUGCCCGCACGCCCCUAAGCGAGGAGGAGCCUGGAGAAGUGGAGUCCUACCCAUACGAGCACCAGAAAGCGCAAGAGGAAGAAGACGAGGAGCGACAACACGAACCGCAACAGCAGCAAGCACCUCAGCAAGCCUUUCAUGCGGUCGGCAUAUCACUCAAGACAAUGCAUCCAGGGAUGACUGACUAUCCUAUCCAAGCUGGUCACCGGGCGAGCUCAGCGCUAGCGACAUCAAGGAGCACCGCCACCGCGUCACCGCCGCCAACAGCGACGACAUCCUUCUGUCGUACCCGCGCCACCGUCACUCCGCUUGGGGAGCUGCUGCAAGUCAACGCACUUCAAAAUACGACCGACAGCAACUCUGCGGAGCACUUCUAUGUAGCGGUGAACAAAUCGGAAAAGAUGUUUGCUGCCGCUACUGCCGUUACUGAGUCGACCUCGUGCGCUCCACCGCCGGCACCAAGAUCCGCAGCGUCAUCGUCCUCUGCGUUUUCCCGUAGUGAACUGCCUCGAUCUACGGCGAAGAGCGCGACAGGCACGCGCUCCGCCUUCACCGGCGACGCCGUCAGCGGCGUUAUUCCGCGCGCGGUGCAUGACAUCUUCGACGCCAUCGCCCGCGCAGACCCGUCCAAGGAGUUCGACGUGCAGAUGUUUUUCGUAGAGGUGUACAUGGAACAGAUUCGCGACCUCCUCGUCCCCAACUCAUCCACCGCGACGCCAUUACCUUCAGCUGGCUUCGCACCAACCCUGCCGAUGGGGCCGCGUAAGCUGCAGCUACGCGAGGAUGUGAACACGAACUCGUUCUACGUCGAUGGAUGUCGCAGCCCGCACGUGUCGUCUGCUAGAGAUGUGCUGCAUCUCGUGAAGCGUGGCCUUAAGCACCGGGCCACCUCAGCCACCGCAAUGAACGAGACGAGCAGCCGUAGUCAUUGCCUGCUGAACCUGACGGUGAAGAGCGUUGACCGCACGCAAGGGGUGUCAACUGUAGGGAAGCUCUACUUGGUUGACCUCGCUGGUAGCGAGAAGGUCAGCAAAACCAAUGCGAAAGGGAUGCGCCUGGAGGAGGCAAAGCUGAUUAACAAGUCCCUCACCACUCUCGGCAUGGUCAUCAUGUCUCUAACAGAUCACAACGCCACGCACACGCCGUAUCGGGAUAGCGUGCUGACGAAGAUCUUAAAGGACUCACUCGGCGGCAACUCGCACACGGCUCUCGUGCUCUGCUGCAGCCCAUCUCCGUACAACGCGCCGGAGACGCUUUCGACGCUGCGCUUUGGUGCUCGCGCCAAGGCUAUCAAGAACAAGGCUGUGGUGAACCGUGACCUCACCGCGGCGCAGCUGCGACGCAUGUUGGAGACGGCCAAAGCGGAGAUCGAGCGCCUGCACGUGACGGUUCAGCAGCUGAGCAUGACAAAUGGAGUCACAAGCAGCUGUCAAGAGACGCCGGACUUCCCUGUCGCCGCGUCACGCAAACUGUCGAGCUCCACCACCGCCACGGCGUCUCCAAAAGCGACUGAGACGGACACGUUCCACAUCAGUAAACUGCUCGAGGAGCGUGCCACGGAGCAGGCGCGGUUGCAGAAUCUCCGCGCUGAGGUGGCGCAGCUGCAGGAUAGCCUCAACGGCGCCCAGGACAUCAUCAGUGCCCUGCAGGAGGAGCGUGACGGCUACAUCGACAAGGCACAGAGCUUCCAGGAGGAGGUCAGCGUCUGGGAAGAGGCACAUACGGCGUCCUUGAAGCGCGCGGCUAUUCAGAAUGCACUGCUGCAGCAGUGUGCGGUGCUCCUUCGCACCCAGGGAAGCGAGAUCAAAGACCUCACCCAGCGCAUGGAAGCCUACAGUCAGCCCCUUCAACAAGCCCGACAGGCCGUCGACCAGCUCCACGCCUACGUGUUCGGGACGAACACAAGCCGUGAGCGACGACAAACGCUUCUCACCGCGGAGGCGUGCCAAUCGGAUGCCAUCACAGCAGCCUCCCAACUGACACCUGCGGGGAAUGUGCCGCUGGUGUUGGCCAAAGAAUGCGCGCUGCAUGGUCUCAUACCCUAUCCGCCGGCCUCCGUAGAUGCAGUGGAUGUGGACGCCUUGGGCAGCGUCACAGAGGAUGGUUGGCGGCGCGACACCAACAGCAACCUUCCGGAUGGAGAAUCACCUAAUCCGCGUCGCCAUCCAGGUGCGAACGCUGACCCUCUACAGCCCAGCAGCUCGCAGCCUCAGCCUCAACACCGUGUUGCAAGCCAAUACCGCGACGGCUUCUCGUCGGGGUCGAUAAGUGUGUCGCCUGGGACGGCGGCGGCGCAACAGUGGCUGUCGCGCACCGCCUCGGCAGGGGAGUAUGACAAUGGUGCUUUACACGUCAGCUCCUGUGGGGGAGGCAGCACGACGCCAGCAGCACCUGCAGAGUGUGUCCGUCGCCUCGAGGAGCGGCUUUCUUCGCUCCAGUCUGACCACACCGCACUGCAGCAGCAGUACAAAGAGCUCCUGGCUGAGCUGCAGUCGAAGCAGCGUAUUCUGGACCUCCGCGGCAGCCACCUCAUCACUGUGAAAGAUGAGCUGAAGCGGGAGUACAUGGUAAACAAAGAGCUACGGGAGCGCCUAGAGAAGGACCGAGACAGCCUACGAGGGCCGCUCGAGAUGGCGCGGAAUGAUGCCAACUACUGGCGUCGGCGGUACGAAGAGCUUGCAAGUCGAAAGGCACAACCACGCUUCUCUGAGUGCCAGCGUGACUCUCUCCUCUAUGCCUUUUCGUCACUGCCACCACCCCCGCAGCAGCACGAGUCCGGGCGCGGGAGCUUAAUGAACACAGAUUCCUUGAAGGCCACAGCUAUCCACGCGUCUGAGGCUUUGACAAGUGGCGACUGCACGACUGCAGGCAGGAAUUGCCCCUCCAUCCCAGAUGUCCCGUCAGGCGGCCUGUCGUCGAGGGCAUCGGGCGAGGAUGUGCUGCUGAGCCUCUCCUCGAGCACAACUCCAUUGCGAUCAACUGUGGCACGGCUCACCACAGAGCGCGAGGGCUGA